CUCUGCCCCGAACAAAGAUGGCGGUCGCCGGCGUCGGGCGAAGGCCUGCCCUGCACCAAGAUGGCCUCCACGACAAGCGGAACCGGAAGUGGUUCGGUGGGGGCGCGGGUCCGCGGCGGCGCGAGAACGCGCGGGGCGGCGCGGGUCCGGGCAUGAAGCUAGGCCGGGUCGCGCUGGGCCUGCUGCUGCUGGCGCCGUCGGUGGUGCGGGCGGUGGAGCCCAUCAGCCUGGGGCUGGCCCUGGCCGGCGUCCUCACCGGCUACAUCUACCCGCGCCUCUACUGCCUCUUCGCCGAGUGCUGCGGCCAGAAGCGGAGCCUGAGCAGGGAGGCGCUGCAGAAGGAUCUGGACCACAAGCUCUUUGGCCAGCAUCUCGCAAAGAAAAUCAUCUUAAAUGCUGUGUUUGGUUUCCUAAGCAACCCGAAGCCCAAGAAACCACUCACCCUCUCCCUACACGGGUGGACAGGCACUGGCAAAAAUUUUGUCAGCAAGAUCAUCGCAGAGAAUAUUUACGAGGGUGGUCUAAACAGUGACUAUGUCCACCUGUUUGUGGCCACGUUACACUUUCCACACGCGUCGAAUAUCACCCUGUACAAGGAUCAGCUACAGCUGUGGAUCCGAGGCAACGUGAGCGCCUGCGCCAGGUCUGUCUUCAUAUUUGACGAAAUGGACAAGAUGCACGCAGGCCUCAUCGACGCCAUCAAGCCCUUCCUCGACUACUAUGACCUGGUGGACGGGGUCUCUUACCAGAAGGCCAUCUUCAUAUUUCUCAGCAAUGCUGGAGCAGAAAGGAUCACCGACGUGGCUUUAGAUUUCUGGAGGAGCGGGAAGCAGAGGGAGGAGAUCAAGCUCAAGGACAUCGAGCACGCCUUGUCCGUGUCGGUCUUCAACAACAAGAACAGUGGCUUCUGGCACAGCAGCCUAAUUGACCGGAACCUCAUAGAUUAUUUUGUUCCCUUUCUCCCCCUGGAAUACAAACACCUAAAAAUGUGCAUCAGGGUUGAAAUGCAGUCCCGAGGCUACGAAAUUGACGAGGACAUUGUGAGCAGAGUGGCCGAGGAGAUGACAUUUUUCCCCAAGGAGGAGCGAGUUUUCUCGGAUAAAGGCUGCAAAACUGUGUUCACCAAGUUAGAUUAUUACUACGACGAUUGACAGCCUGAGUCACUGCUGUAGUUGGAGAAACGCGACACUGUCCCUCCGCACGCCUCUGCCCACUCCGUCCCCGAGAGGAACCCAGUGAAUGUUUCCUGUUGGAUGGGCAGGAGCUCUCCUGGGCAGUUCCUCCCUGGGCCCUGCCGGCCAUCGCUCCAUAGGGCGUGUGGGCGUGGACCGAACCCUGCAGAGCCUUCAGAGCCGCGAGUGGCCAGCUCCUGCCCACUCCUUCCAGGGCUCCUGGUUUUUUUAAAAAUUAUAUUUUGAUUUCAGGUGUUUCUGUUUCAAGGAAGGACAAAGAAGUUUUAUUGAACGUGUGGUAACUAUUUAAAAUGAAUUUUAACAUUAUGAGAAACUUCUCAGAUUCUAA